CUUUUCUUUUGCGUCGGCAUCAUCGCUUCUUCUACUCUCCACUAACCACGCACAUGUACCCCACGAGGUGAAAGCUUGCGACCGCCGGCGGCGGCGGCAUGAGAUGAGCUUCCUGCUCCUCUCAAUCCACGGACCCAUCCCUUUCUUUCUUCCUUUCAUUUCCCUCCAUCCUUGCUGCCCAUUUGUUUCCUCGCCGUACCAAUCAGUCAACCGCCGGAUGGCGUCGUCGGCGUUCAAAUCCACCACGCGCCGCACCCUCCACUCCUCCUCCCACGACCGCCCCGCGCGGAGGGACCCGUCCCCCUGCGCCCGCAGCUCCCGCUCCCGCUCCCGCAGCGUCAGCGCCGCGCCCCGUGCCCGCUCCCUCCAGGAGGGCUACGCCAACACCCGCACCAACCCGCUCUUCGACUGCGCCGCCUCUCAGACUCCGUCUCCGCCACCGCAGCUGCCGGGGACUGCUACUAGCUCCGGCGGCGGGGAUGUGGCGAGGCGGGACAGAGGGCGUGAGCCUCUCAAGGGUGGGGGACGCGGCGGAGGGAGAGCGCGGUCGGUGUCCGUCGCGCCUCAGCGGCCGCGCAUCGCCUCGGCGGCGUCGGUGGACAGUGCUCGCUCUGUCGGUGGGAGGAGGGUCUCGCGGCCGCCGUCGGUGGCCGAUGACGCUCGCUCGUACCGGGGCUCCGAGACUGAUGUAGAAACAAGGGACAUGACAAGGAAAUUGCAGUCACGGACGACUCAAUAUUCAGUUCUGGAGGGCAAACAUAGGAGAAAUGGAGCUCAUGCAUGUUGUUCAUCUCAAGGGUCAACGACCCAAGUGAGGUGCCAACAAAUGGAUGAAACUACGCAUUCCGUAUCAAGCACUGUUGUUUCUUCACCUGGUGAUCAUCUUGAGCAUGCCAUUUGGCAGCAGAACCAUUCAACCGUCCCGGUAGAUCCAGUUCUGGACAUUCCUCCGGAGUUCGAUCCAGAUUCUGCUGAGUUUAUCUCUGACAUAAGUGAUUAUGCAACAGAAUACCGAAAGGAAGAUGUUGUGGAAAUCCCUCUUGAUUUUGAUACAUACGCUGCUGAGCUUGUUUCUGACAUAAGGCACAAUGCAGCAAAAGAGCAUUGGGAGCAAAUGGAAAUACCUCUUGGGUUUGGUCCAGAUGCUGCUGAGCUGGUUUCAGACAUACUGCACCAUGGAACAAACCAGCAACGAGAACAAAUGGAAAUUCCUCUUGAGUUUGAUCCUGACACCUCUGAGCUGGCUUCUGACAUAACAGAGUAUACAAUAAAACUCAAACAGUCACAUGAACGAGCUCGAAAGCUUCGGGCAGAUUUGGCUGUUGAAGAGCAGCGGGAACAAGAGCUGAGUAGAAUGCUAAAUGAUAUAGUAACAGUUCCAAAUUUUACCGAGACACAUGAAAAACGUCGAAGAAGAAAGAGUAGUAUAGAAAGACUGAAAGCGUCAAGGCAUUUAGCUGAAGAGGCAAUGAAUUAUUUUGAGGAAUGUGUUUCAAUUUCAACAAUGGAUAGCACUGAUUUCUCAUCACCUGAGGACCCUCAACCAAAUCCAGUUGUGAGUGUCCCACCAAAGAGCAACAGUAGAUUUUUCCACAAAGGGAGAUCAAGCUUUCAAGAACCGCACACUCCCACUGAUCAACAUGGCCAUCAUGAGGAAUCUGACAAGCAAACCCAGUGCUCAAUUAGCAUAACUGGAUCUGAUGUGUGUGACAGUGUUAUCUUAAGUCAUACAAAUGGUUUGAAAAUUAGAAGCAACUCCAGUGAUAUUCUGGAUGGCUUUGACACUCCACAGAGCAGAAGUUCUUGUUUCUCUUUCACCACUGAGCCAGCAAAAACUGUUGAAAAUUGUGAUGUUUGGCAAUACCGUGGAAAUUUUGGAAGGGGAAACAAUAAAGAGCUAAGAGAGACGAGGCCUAGUUAUUUUGCUGAUGACUAUGUCUUCCAGAAAGCAAAUGCAGACUUGUUAAUGGACAUGGUAGCCUUUCAGAAUAGAAUAGAAUACGGGGGGCUUCUUAUCUGUAACAUUAGAACAUUCUGACAGUGUACAGAGCAAAUAAUGUGCAAUGGUAAAAAGAACUUAAGUAAUUAUCAUGAUAUAGUUAUACAGAUAUUACCAUUGGGCAAUUAUCUGUGUUGUAUGUGUA